UGUCUAAAAAUCGAACAUAAAACAAAUAAAAAUCUGUUUUUAAAUCGCAACAGCGAGAUCUUUUUGCACCUUUUUUUUUUGGAUCUGAUAUUUUAAGGGCCGGCCAUGGCCAGCGGACGUGGCAAAUCAUUUUCUAUUUGCAGUUAGAAAAAAUUGAAGAAGAUUACAGUCUGAGCUAAAAGAAAUUUGAUGCAGAGUCUGAGUUGAGUUGUUCGCCGGGAAAUUUUCGCCGUCGGCGGUAGUAGAUUUGUACAGUUUAAUCGGGCUUUUAAUUUAGUUAUUACCGCCUGCGAAAUCUCCACCGGCUUUGCGCGAUCUGGACACUUGGCAUAGCGGCAGAAUAAAAACGAUCUGUAGGGGAUUGGUGGAGAAGGGAGAAAAAGUGGGGGAAGAAAUUAAUGGGGCGCGUUGAAGCGGGGCCGGAAGGGUUUAAAGGAUUCGAACCCUGGAGUUCUGAAUGUGGUGAGCCUCUUCUGUAAUGGGUAGGCUGCAUUGCAUUGAAAGUUUGGCAUUAAUGAAAAGGUAGGUGUGUGUAAUGCUCCCAUGGGCAAUGGACCGACAUUUUGCUCACAUUUAUGGCUAAUCAUGCAGAGAUUGUAAAAUGAGAAUUUAUGCCCUGGUGUUCGAAGUAAAGAAUCUGUAGACAUAGUGUUAAUGGUUUUUAAGUUUUUAUACUAUUUUAGAUAAGGUAAAACUUUUUGAGACCGGAUACAUGAUAAGUUGAAGCUGACCUUAGCUUCACGUUAUUUGAGCAUUAAAACACUAUAGGUCAAGCAGUGGGGUUUUUGUUUUUUUCUUCUUUGGUUUUGCAAUAAAGCUGCCGGUGGAACCAGGGUUCGAGCCGUGAAUAGGAGGAACUAUAUUUAAAGAGAGGGUUUGUGGGGAAAGAGCUUAGCAAUGUGCAAGGGAGAGAAGAACAACAAGGGAAACGCAGGGCAUUUGAUGGGAUUGAAAUGCUUUGUGGCGGGGCACACUAAGGCCGAGAAAUUGAGGCAUCUGGUUGUUCCGCCGCGUUCUCGUACGCAGGUGUGGAUUAUUCGUGCGACGUCCACAGUUUUGGUGUGGACAUGUAUUAUUCAGCUGACGGCGUUGGGGGAAUUGUGGGGUUCGCGCGUGUUUAAGGGCCUGCCUUCUUGUUUUACUCACGCCGAUCCGCCAAUGCACGACCUUUCUCAGAGUUCUUUGCCCUCAAAAAUACCCGCCGUGGAGAAGAUCGCCCUGCCCCCGAAAAGGGUGUAUAAAAACAAUGGUUACCUGUUGGUGUCUUGCAAUGGAGGCCUUAAUCAGAUGCGAUCAGCGAUAUGUGACAUGGUAGCUAUUGCAAGGUAUCUUAAUGUAACUCUUAUUGUGCCAGAGUUGGACAAGACAUCUUUCUGGGCAGACCCAAGUGAAUUCAAAGACAUAUUUGAUGUAGAUCACUUCAUUACAUCUCUAAGAGAUGAAGUUCGAAUCAUCAAAGAUCUUCCUCCAAGGUUGAAGAUAAGAAUGCAACAUAGCAUAGUAGUGUCCAUGCCUCCUGUUAGCUGGUCAAACAUAUCGUACUACCUACAUCAGAUCCUUCCAUUGAUACAGAAGUACAAAGUUCUGCAAUUGAACAAGACAGAUGCACGGCUAGCUAACAAUGGCUUGCCGGUAAAGAUUCAAAAGUUACGUUGCCGUGUAAAUUACAAUGCACUCCGCUUUACUUCACAGAUUGAAGAAUUAGGUCGAAGACUCUUGCAAAUGUUGCGUAAAAAUGGCCCAUUCUUGGUUUUACAUCUUCGUUAUGAAAUGGAUAUGCUGGCUUUCUCUGGUUGUACCCAUGGAUGUAGUGAUGAGGAGGCUGAGGAACUUACCAGAAUGAGGUAUGCAUAUCCAUGGUGGAAGGAAAAAGUCAUAAAUUCUGAUCUAAAACGACUGGAUGGGUUAUGUCCAUUGACACCUGAAGAGACUGCAUUGAUUUUGCAAGCACUUGAUAUCAAUAAAAACAUUCAAAUCUAUAUUGCAGCUGGUGAAAUAUAUGGAGGAGAGAGGAGAAUGGCUGCCCUGUCUGAAGCUUAUCCUAACAUGGUUAGAAAGGAAAUGCUUCUCAAUCCUGAGGAUUUGAGGCCUUUCCAAAAUCAUUCAUCUCAAAUGGCUGCCCUGGAUUACUUGGUCUCUCUGGAGAGUGAUGUGUUUGUUCCAACAUAUGAUGGGAAUAUGGCAAAAGUUGUUGAAGGGCACCGCAGAUUCUUAGGGUUUCGGAAAACAAUCCUGUUGGAUCGGAAGCGCCUAGUUGGACUUCUAGACCAAUAUAGCAAUGGUUCCUUAAACUGGGAUGAAUUCUCCCUUGCAGUUAAGGAAGUACAUUCUGAGCGGAUGGGUAAACCAACAAAAAGAAUAGUUAUUCCAGAUAGACCGAAGGAAGAGGAUUAUUUUUAUGCCAACCCCCAAGAAUGCUUGCGGCAGCCUUUGGAUAGUGACCACAGUUCCUUUUAGCUAUUCCAUUAAUUUAUUAUUUAUUGGAUGAGUUCUCUUGUCCCUACACCAUAUGUUUUGAGUUUCAGAUGAUGUGCAAGAAUCCAUCCGCCUGGUUACGUUAUUAAUUCUUUGGAGAAGUUAUGUUUGUCAAUCUUUAAAAGAGGAUCCUUUAGACUGUUUCCUGAAAAUUUGGAGCUAAAGAACUUGAGAAUAUUGAGAUGGGCGGCUCAUGAACUUCUCCUAUAUAUCACAUCUGCAUGUGUUCAAACGUAAGGACUGCUUCUGUGUUGUAAAUGCAAUCUAGUUGCAAAUUCAUGGGUAGAAUGUCACUUAAGUGAGUAAAGCAAACCUAUAAUUACAGCUGUAUCAAAUCUACUCAUCCUUUAAGAUAAUAUCUAUUCAGUGAGCUGCCUGAUUGUGUACAGCUCUCCAUUUGAUGCCAGAAAAGGCAUGACCACACCUAUUGAAGUGUAUGGAAGGCAGUUCGUGGAUUGCAGAUUCAAGAAGGAAAUGUAUUCAUGUCCGAUUGCAUCUACAGGCAUUAACUGUUAUCAGAUUCAGAUGGGUAAUUGUCUCUUGGACGAAUAUGAGGAAAAAGGUUCAUAGUUUGAUAUUUUGUCGACCAUUAAUGUCUAGUAAAUCCCUUCAAUUGUUUUUACAUACACUGGAAGUCACAUAAGCAAAUUUGUGCUUACGCUACAGCUUGUUGUUAGAAUAAGUCCCUGAACUCCUGUGUACAAAGGGAAAUUUAUGAUAGUGAAGCACUUUUUAUAGAAAUCUCGUCAAGCUGAGAUGCAAUUGUUUUUUGGCCUGAGGCAAUGGCAUAGCUGGCUACAAGCUGACUAGUAAUGCAAUUUUGGUAUUUUCUUAAUUAUGUA